UGACUCGCUUUAGGAUUAUUGCAACUUACUUUGAAAGUUUGUGACAUUUUAACUACCGGUUUAACUUCAGUUCCAGCGCCGUCUUGUUGAGAAAAAGUUGUAUUUUAAUAAAAUAAAUAUAAAAUAUUGCUUGAUUUAGCUGUACAAUAUCUGUCGGGUACUUUGUUUAUUAACCAAAAUAUAACAGAAAAUGCAUUUUUUAUCUCUCUUUCGUGUCCCCGAAAAUAGAUGGCAAAUCAUAUUUAUACUUAGACAACGGCCCUCUUAAAUUCAGUAGAAUGACGAAUCUUGCAUUCACACGAGCAAGAAGCAAGAAGAAGCUCAAAUUGGAUAAUUCUAAACCAAUGCUAUUUAAUAUUUCUAAAGCAAACCAAGUCAACCGUUAACCAAACUAUUAAAGAUUCUGAUGUAUUUCAUCUGAAGCGAACCCAUGAAAGAUUUUGCGACAUGUGAUAAAAAAUAUUCGGACAUGAAUUUUGGAAAAAUCAACUGUUUUCGUUUGAAGCAACUACCAUUAAAUCUAAUUACACAUUGUGGUAAGAACUAAUUAGGAGGCAAGUUUGUAUUGCUUUCUAUGUCAAAGAGGAAGAAUUUCUCCAAUGUGUAUAAAAGUGCAUUAACAGUCUUUUUUUUCAUAUUUGUCGCGGAAAAGAAAUACACGUACAAAGAUGAUAGGGAAAUUUCUUUUCGUUUUGUUGCUAGCUACAGCACUGACGUUGAAUAUCGAUCGUCAAAACGUCAAUAAUGACGAGGAAGUAGAAGAUUUUUCAGAUGAUUUCGAUAACGAACGAGAAAAAGGCGACAAUGAUAACGAAGGCUAUGAAGAGAUUGAAGAAAAUCCCGACAAUGAUAACGUCGACACAAGUAAUGACGAAGACAAUGAAGGUGAAAAUGAAGAUGAAAAUGACAGUGACGAAGAUGAUAAAGAGAACGACAACAUAGUGAAUGAUGAAAAUGAUGAAAAUGAUGACGAUGUUGACGAAAAUGACGACGAAAACGACGGCAUUUACGAGAAAGAUAGCAAAGAGGGAGAAGGAGACGGCGACGAAGGGGAUGAUGAGAACAACGACGCAACUGAAGAGUAUCAUGAAAAUGACGAAGAUAUUCCAGAAGAUAAUGAAAACAGCGAAGAACUGCAACAAGACCAAAGUUUAAACACUUUUUGUUCCACAAAAAAUAAUGGUAACUAUCCAGACCCAUUGAAAUGUAACGGAUUCAUUCAGUGUUCGAAUAAGAUUGGAUACAGACAGCCAUGUCCAGGUGGGCUAAGUUACAACCACGUGAAGAAUCAAUGUGUCUAUCCAGUUUGUUCAGGUAGUGGAUUUUGCACAGGGAAGGCUGACGGAAAUUAUCGAGACCAAGCAACGUGUAAUGGAUUUAUUUCCUGUUCUAAUGGUGGAACAUAUCACAUGCCGUGUCCAUCUGGACUGGAAUAUAGCGUAGCUAAAGAUCAAUGCGUCAACUCGGCUGAUUCUGAUUGUGCAAAGCCAGUAUCUGACUACGAAAAAGUAAUUGCUGAUGACGAAGCCCUUAACCAAAUUUGCAUUGGCAAAAAGGAUGGCAAUUAUGCUCAUCCUCAAAGAUGUGACGCUUUCGUCCAAUGUGCAAAUGGUUUUGGUUAUAGACAGUUAUGUCCAGGCGGUUUGUCCUACAACCAAGGGAAGGAUCAAUGUGUCUUUCCAGUUUGCAAACAGGCUGGAUUUUGCGCAACCAAGAAUAGCGGCAAUUAUGCUGACCCCAAAAAAUGCGCGGGUUUUAUAACCUGUGCAAACGGAGUAACCUAUCAUAUGGCUUGUCCUGCGGGUCUGCAUUAUAAUUCUACCGUUGAUAGAUGUGAAAAUCCAAAUAAUGCUGACUGUAAAAACGACUGCGUUGUGGCCGGACAUAGAUACAAACCAGGAGCAUCUUUCAUCCAUCCACAGUGUAGAGGCAGUUGUGUUUGUAAUGGACCAUCUCAUUCUUGCGUUUCCCUUUGUCCACCCUCUGUACCUAACUGCGGACCAAAUGGUCAAUUUGAAACGAUGAAAGUUAAAGUGACCAACAAUCCAGCGUGUUACUGUCAAAAAACAGUGUGCAAGCCACAAUAAAUAAUUUUGUAUUACUAUUGAAAACUGACAAAUAUAUUCUUCUGUAUGUUA